CCUUUUCAUUGGCUGCAAUAAAAACACUCUAUCAGAGAUAAACAGAGCGCUGUAAAACGUCUCAGACCUUUAAGAUCUCACAGGCAGGCAUUAUUUUAAGGUAAUAAAGUAUGGACUUCAAAGAGGUGUUUGUGAAAAUCUUCGACCAAAAUCGGGAAAUUGCAUUAUGCGCUGCAGGCACAGCAGUUGCUCUGCUUGGACUCGGUCUCGUAUAUAAUUAUACUUGUCCAGAGAAGAAGUUAACUCAAGUGGGAGUCGUUACCCAGCUGCUGGUUCAUCCCAUGAAGUCUGGGAAAGCAGUGUCGGUGGAGACAGCAGAGUGUCUGCGAAUGGGACUGAAAUAUGGCGAACUGCGGGAUCGGCACUGGCUGGUGAUCACGGAGGACGGCCGUAUGGUGACGGGCAGACAGCAGCCUCGUCUGGUGUUGGUGUCUUUGAACUGUGAAGGUGGCCAGCUGUGUCUCAGUGGACCGCAGAUGGAGGAGUUGAGGGUUCCUCUUCACCAGCCCAAUAAUGCAGUUGUGGACUGCAGAGUCUUUAGUGUAGACGUUCAGGGCAGGGACUGUGGAGACGAUGUGUCUAACUGGCUUACUCGAUACCUGGAAUCAGACAGCACUGUUCGUCUGGUGCAUUUUGAACCUCAUCUGAAGGCCCAAAGGCCUUCUGAGAAAGAGCCCCUCUUUCCUAAGGAUGAAAAGGUGGCCUAUCCUGAUGCUGCUCCCAUCAUGCUAAUGUCAGAGGCCUCUGUUAGGGACCUGAAUACCCGAUUGGAUAAGGAUGUUACUGUCCUUCAGUUUCGUCCCAGUAUUGUUGUCAGUGACUGUGAGGCCUUCACCGAGGACACAUGGGAUCAUAUUCAGAUUGGCCAAGUGGAGUUGAAGAGAGUCAUUGGUUGUGGAAGAUGCCUAUUUACCACUGUUGACCCUGAGACUGGAACCAUCACCCGGAAAGAACCACUGGACACUCUCAAAACCUAUCGACUGACUGACCCUAAGCAGAAAACCGCACCAAUAUUGGGACAGUACUACACCGUCAAGAAAACGGGUGUCCUUCAUGUGGGUGAACCUGUUUGUAAGAUCACCUACUGAAAUGGCCAGACAGGAUGGAAUGCAGAACCUUAUUUCAAAAUCUAGUGACUAAUUUGCAAGCGGACAUGUCACUGCUUACAUACACAGUUUCUAAAGUUAGACCGAAUCUGUAUUCUUUUCAUAUAUUUUCACUGAAUAAGAAAAUUAAAAGUAUAUAUAAAUUGUUUUGUGUUCUAUAUUUCCUGUAAAAUUAUGAUUGGAAUAGAUGAAAUAUCUUAACAGAUUACAAAAUCAUUAGGUUUUAGCACUGUUGAAGGAUAGUUUACCCAAAAUUAAAAUGGUCAUUAUUUACUCCAAACUGUUAUUUUUUGUAGAAUACAAAAUCUUCUUUUGUGUUUCUCAAAACAUCACCACAAGGGUGAGUAAAUAAUGAUAAUUUUCAGUUUUGAGUGAACUAAUUCUUUAAUGUGAAAUUAGAAGAUGUGAUUUCUGUGAUCUGUAUUCAGUAUUCUAUAUUUUAGGCACCUCUAAAUCUACCAAUGCAUUGGGAAGAUAUGUUUUAUUGUAGUAAUGGUCUGGUUCGUAACUCAAAUGUAACCGCUUAAGUCAGUACCUUAAUUUAAACAGUCUGUGACUCAUAUAAGGAAUCUGUCAGCAAUCAGAACAUUGUUUUUUCAGUAAUGAUUUCUCUAAACAUGAUUACAACUAUCAGACACUGAACUAUUGAAUAGAAUUACUAAUACUGUAAUUCUGAAAUAGACCAGUCAUACUGAACAUAAAGCUUUUUGAAACUUAAUUGAUACUGUGUUCAUUUGGAAAACAUCCAAUAGAUGGUGCCAUUUCAGUGAUUUCAAGAGUUUAAUUUGUUGUGGACAACCAGUAAAACAUAAACUACCCCUCUGCUUUUCUGUAUUUACAGUGUUUAGUUUCUACAUAUAAUGCACUGUGGAAAA